CCAACUUACUGAUCUCUUGCUAGAGAAAUAUUAAAAUUUUUGGCCAGUGCAACAACCAUAGUGAUCAUACCAAAACAAUACGAUCAACUGAUGAUUCACGGGUUGUUAUUUCAGUACACAAUAAUUCAGCAUGUAAAUAGGCUACAGUUAAAAUUAAUUUGAAUCAACUGUCUUUAAACGAUGCAAGUGCCUAAUUUAAAAACACAAAAGUCAAAAACACUGAACACGGCAGAAAUCCUUUGUGAAAUAUGAUAACUGCAGGUUCUGGAGCAUGCAAACUGAAUCGUUACAAGCCUAACGAUUUAAACAACAUGAAGAAACCACUGAAAGGAUGGCUUACGUAUCGUACGAAAUUUAUAUCGGAUGCCACUGCAAACAUACUCAAGUUAAAAGAGUUCCUAUUAUGGUUCCUGCUCUUGAAAUUCAGUCUUUGUUAUAGACCAUUCAGUCUUUGUUGAAGUGUCGCCUGUAACGGUCGUUUCACACAGUGCAGUGCCUGUUUCGAUAGCAGAAAACGAUUAAAAUUUAAAAUGGAAUCAUCAUACACAACAAUACAAAUAGCUAUUCUUGGUGGAAAUGUGGAUCAGUUGAAACAGUUAUUAUCGCCUGAUAAAAUAACCGAUACGGACAUUUAUACGCUACUGUCUAAGCCGUACGCCGAACUGAAACUUCGCAACGUUGCCUUAUCGGAAGAAAUGGUACACUUCGUCGAGUACGAACUCGUGAAGGCUAGCUACCAAAAUGGUCCAAAUGCUUAUCAAACCAGCGACAGUAACGCGUGCGGGAAGGGUGUGGAUGUAGCAGAACGUAUUGCACAUAUGGUGGAGUGCAUCAAUCUUAUCAUAGCGCACCAUAACUCGGAUUCGUACACGGAUAUUGAUGAAUUAUUGGUGCUUCGUUUGCGGCAUAUAUAUGCCCAUGUUUUCUUCCUUAAAACACACCUUCGCAAAUUGCCACUGUUGCAGUUGCAGUUUUGUGUCGCCGUGUUCCUGAAGCUAAUUACAGGCGAGGCGGUCAAUGGAUUCGACGUGUACGCUUUUACCAUCGAUAAAGAACGUCUGGUUCGUUUUUUGAAAGUGAUUCGGGAUGGCAUGAUCAUUAAAGCGAAGCCGGCGAUAAGCCUGGAAGACUGCGUACAGUAUGUACGACAUUUAUGUAAUCCUACUGCCGAAAAGAAGCUCUCUCGCGUUCCCAAACGCAUUCGCACCUACAUUCAGAUGAAUGUAAAAAAAAUAAAUCCCUCCACAUUGGAGGGCAUUCAUGAGGAUAUUAGUUUCGAUCAAUUACCACUGCCAUUGCAACAAACUUUAAAAGCCUUGUACGAAAAAACCAUCGAUUGGGAUCAGCGGAAGCGAUCGAGAAGAUCGUUCAAGGAGUUGCAUGAAACAUACUUCAUAAUGAAGCAGCACUAUUCCAUCCGUAAGGUGUUAAUAUAUAUCGAUGGCAUGCGGGAAGGUCCCUGCAAUGAUCCACCCCACAUGCAACCGCCCGUUCCCUCUCCGGUACGCAUUCGUGCGAUAAAACGCACGCUGCAAGUGAUAGGAGAAAUGAUUAAAAGCACACGUGAAUCACCCAACAUUACGGCCAAACUUAAUCGCAUACUUCAACUGAUCACAUCAGAAGCGCUGACCGAGCGGACUAACGAUUUGAGACAAUUCUUCAGCCAUGGUUAUUCGCUCGCCAAAUGGGAACUGGAAGAGGAAAGCAGUGACCAGCUUGGGACAGUGUUUCAGAAAAUAGAGACGAAUCUUCGCGAAGCUCGCCGUUGGUUCGUGUAUACGCAGACGCAACAAAAUCUACUAAUCUACAGACGGUAUUUGGCAUAUCUGAAGGGUUUCCGAUCGAUCGAGGCACUUCGUAGCUAUAUUGCCUUUGUUGGAACGGAGUUCAAAGGGACUUUAAUUGAAAAGUUUCUGCCCGAGCAACUGACGGAGGCCAAAACGCUUAUACAGUACAUGUUGGAUACUUCAGCAUCGUCCGGUACUAUUGAUCCAGCAACGAGAAACGAUUUGGAGUACAUCGUGAAGGAUUUAGAACUCCGCAUCAAUGUUAUUCGCAUGGAAAAUGUAACGCUUGGGCGCACGAUCGACGAUUUCUUUUUCCUCGAAAGCUACAUCCACCAACCGACGGCAACGUUGGACCGUGUGCGACGCAUCGUAGAUGGCAUUCUGUCCCGCACGGAGCUUUCCAAACGUCACAAGCUGGUACAGAAAACGGAUUUAAUGUAUGCACGGGAACUACUAGCGCGGCUGCAAAUGGCCGAAAAGGAUAAAAUGCGCCAGUACAUUUGGGGUGCCAUUUGGACACGCUUAGCAAAGGAACAGUUUGGUGGACUAGACACAUUGUUAGGUCGUACCGAGCAACGUGUCGAUGUUGCACUGGAUGCAACGGUAAAAACUAUGCAGGCACUCGGUCUUCCGCUACAGGAUGACGAAUAUGUGCAGUUUGUGAAUCGUCGACUAGCCAAAAGCUACUACCAGAAUGUGUAUGUGCUUGAUAACAAGUAUCGCGUACUAAAAGAAAUCGUCAAAGAUCGACGGGCACAACAGACCAAUACACGAGAUGUGUUGGAAAAGCUGAAAACAAUCCGGAAGUCGGACGAGCACGUGUUGCAGCGUAUGUUCGACGGACUGCUCGACAGCAUGAAUGAUAUAUUGAGCAAUUGCCAGCGAACUACUGGCAUGCUACCUUCAGUUACGCACCAGCUAGCGCUAGAGUAUUGUCUGUUGGAAGCAGCAGAAAUACUCUGCAAUUUGGCUCUAUUCCGUGAAAACGUAGUCGAUCUAGCGCAGUCGAUUCCAGUCAUUACAGGGCGAAACCUGCGGAACUAUUUGGCACAUGAUAUGCUUGCGUACGAUACGCUUACUGCGUGCACAAAUGCUGUCGUACUAAAUGCACGAUAUUUAGUUGAAAACCGUUUUAAAUUGUAUGGUACCGCAGCGACACCACCAUGCAAAGGGCAACGGCUGCAAGAAUUUGAAAAAACGGCGCAUUUCAGGGAUAUAUUUCACUCUCAAACUGAGUGGACGAUUGAACAAGCUGAUUUUUUUUAUAUGAUUCGAAACUUUCAGACUAAUCUUCUAGAGCAACGAAUCCUAAACUUACAACGAAUGAACUCCAGCGUAGAUUUGCUUUUUAUGAGACGAACCUUUCUCGAUCAGGAAAUCGUAUCGGUGGCGCUGAAUGCAAAUCCUGCACGCUUUAUUGCACAAAUACUCACUUACGAACCCUGCAGUUCUAAUUUGUUUUAUCUCCUCUUGCAGUACUUAAAAGAAGCCGAUCUAACUGAAAAGAUAAAACAAUUGAUCGGCAGUCCGGAAGUGUUUUGCUGCCGUUUAGCACUGAAAUAUGGAUUAAUUGAUGUUCUACGCUCGUUGUGGCAACGGAUUAGCGAAAAUGCAAUGCAAACGCUCAUAACCACUGAAAUGCAUUCCAUUUUCAAUCUACACUCGUCAGAGUUUAGACGCGAACUCGUACUCUUAUUUCCAUCGGAAUGGUUUCUUCAGCUGCAUGAUCAUGUCGGAAACACGGUACUUCAUUGGACGGUGCUACGCUCUGACCUGGAGCUGUUACACUUUGUGUUGAAACGGUACAACAUUCUUCUUAAAUCGAAAAACAAAUUCGGUGACGUACCAUUGCUGAUCGCGGUUCGAUACCACGAGGACGAGGUAGUGCAGAUACUGCUUGAUCACGGUGCUGAUCCAUGGAUCGAACCGAAAGUAAUACACACGAUGGCGAUUCAAAAUAGGCAAGAACUACUGAUACGAUUUCCUGUAGAUAUAGGCAGGAUCGUAGCUUUGCAGGCGGACGGAUACCAAAAUAAUCCACUCAGAGCAGCCAUCGAAGCAAAUAAUUACGAGGUGUUCGUGAUGCUUCAUAAACGGUUUGGUUAUGAACUUCACAAGGGAGAUUUACUUCAUUUAGCUGCCCGGUUAAACAGGGUUGACUGCCUACAGUAUAUGCUGACAGUUGCAACACAAACUCCUGGAGUGCCCAUCUUAAUUGAUUCCGUCAGCAAGGAAUACUCCUACACCCCACUAAUGCUUGCGUGUGCUAGUGGCCACUGGGAAGCAACUCAGCUGCUGCUACAGUAUGGGGCGAAUGGAUUGUUUGAAAAUGAAAAUUUUUACAGCCCUUGGCAUUUUGCCGUACAUAGCGGGAAAAGAACUAUUCUUUCGCUGUUACUAUCGAUCCCAAACUUGGAUGUGAAUUUGGUAACUAGAGAUAAGCGUUCAGCUUUAAGUAUUGCGAUCGAUACCGAUCAAACUGAAGCUCAAAUAAACUUCCUACUGACAACUGUCGGUGUGUCGGUCCAAGCGGAGCACGUGUUGCAUGCCUGUCUCCUCGGCAAAAGGGACAUUCUGAAGUUACUUAUCGACCGUCAACCAGCGCACUUGGAAGUGAAGGAUUUCCUGCAGCGCAGCCCUUUAAUGAUAGCAGUGAUAUUGAAUGACAACGCCAUGACGCAAUAUCUGCUUGAUCGUGGUGCAGAUCGUAACACUGUGAAUAUACUCGGGAUGAACUGUCUGCACGUUGCAGCGUUAAACAAUUUAAUCGCUAUUACUAAAAUACUACUCGCAGCGCAGGUUAAUUACGAAGCAGAAGAUAACUUCGGACGCACCCCGCUGGUAGUUGCACUAGAAACUGAACAUAUUACAAUCGUUGAACAUUUGAUACAGUGUGGAGCAAGUCUAAACAGUGCGUUUAAUUAUCGGUUCAAAAAUCAUCGUAAUGCAACUUUGCUGCACAAGUUUACGCUUGAAAAGCGUCCCCGAAUGGUUGAGUAUUUGGUCCAGAAGCUUCAGUUUCCUACGGAUUUAUUGGACGAUGAUGGCAAAACUGCGGAAAUGUUUGCAUAAGUAAAUUAAUGUAUACAUUCAUAAAAAAAAUAAAACCCUACCAAUAUUUACCAUUUCAAAAUAAUAA